AUGUCACUGAGCGAAAUGGACGUACAGGAAAUCGAAAUAUGCGAAGAGUUCAAAACGUGGAGGAAAAACGUGCCGUACUUGUACGACAUGCUUUUGUCGCACGCGCUGACCUGGCCCUCCUUGACUGUGCAGUGGUUUCCCGACGCGGUGCGCAGCGAGGAAACCGAGACCACCACGCAGAGGCUGCUGCUGUCCACCCAGACGUCUGGCCAGGAGGAAGAGUACCUGCAGGUUCUCUCCGUCACGCUCCCAGACUCUGUGGUUGACGAGUCUGUCCGGGACCUGGACGACGGCGGGUACGGCCUGGGCGAGUCCAAGGUAAAGACGGUCCAGAAAAUGCCCAUGCUCUACGAGGUAAACAGGGCCAGGUACAUGCCGUCGAACAACAGCCUGAUCGCGGUGAGGUACGACAGCCCGGAGGUCCACGUGUACGACUACACAAAGCACCCUUCGUUCGGGAAGGAGUCUGUGCCCGAAGUCGUGCUUGAGGGGCACACCAAGGGCGGGUUUGGGCUUGCUUGGAACCCCGUUGUGGAGGGAGAGCUGUGCACUGCCGGGUACGACGGGGCGGUGUGCGUGUUCCAGAUGGACAAGGGGAGCGCUGCAGUGCAGACCAUCACGCAGGACGAGGAGAUAAACGACAUUGCGAUUUCGUGCGACGGCGCGCUUUUGGCGCUGGGCCUGGACAAGAACGGAACGGUUCUGGUUGACAAGCGGUCGCUCGAGCAAAAGAAAAUCCAGACAGAUGAAACGCUCAGCGUGAAGUUUUCGCUCGAAAACAGCUCGUUCCUGGCGACAGGCUCGAAGGGCGGCGAGCUGAAGGUGUGGGACGUGCGGAACGAGGCUGCGCCUCUGUACACGCUAAAGGGGCACACAGGAGACGUAACACAGGUGGACUGGUCGCCCCACAUGGAGACGGUCCUCGCUUCGUGCAGCAGCGACCGAAGAGUGAUUAUAUGGGACCUUUCCAAGGUAGGGGAGGAGCAGACAGAGGAGGACAGGGCAGACGGCCCGCCCGAGCUUCUCUUUAUGCACGGUGGGCACACUGACGCGGUAAGCGACAUAUCCUGGAACCCGCACGAGCCGUGGGAAAUAGCCAGCGUGGCGAACGACAACAUACUUCAGGUGUGGCAGAUAUCAGCAGGCAUAUCAGACGAAGACAAUGCAAACGAGUAG